AUGAAACCUGCAAAUGCAAAAGAAGAUAAGUUACAAAAAGUUAUAAAUAGCAAUGCUAUAGAUGAAGUAGAAGAGGAGCAGUUAUAUACUGGUCCAUUAAAGAUAGAACAAUUAUUGGCUAAAGGAUUUGUUAAAAGAGAUUUAGAAUUGCUUAAAGAAGGGGGAUUACAAACAGUAGAAUGCGUAGCUUAUGCACCUAUGCGUACGUUGUGUUCUAUAAAAGGAAUAAGCGAACAAAAAGCUGAAAAAUUAAAAAAGGCAUGUAAAGAAUUAUGUAAUUCUGGAUUUUGCAAUGCAAUUGAUUAUCAUGAUGCAAGGCAAAAUUUAAUAAAAUUCACGACAGGAUCAAAACAAUUAGAUGCCUUAUUAAAAGGUGGAAUAGAAACAGGAGGUAUUACUGAGUUAUUUGGAGAAUUUCGUACAGGAAAAAGUCAACUUUGUCAUACAUUAGCAAUAACAUGUCAACUUCCCAUUGAACAAUCCGGGGGUGAAGGAAAAUGCCUGUGGAUAGAUACAGAAGGAACAUUUCGACCUGAAAGAAUUGUAGCCAUAGCUAAAAGAUAUGGUUUACAUCCAACAGACUGUUUAAACAAUAUAGCAUAUGCAAAAGCAUAUAAUUGCGAUCACCAAACAGAAUUAUUAAUAGAUGCAAGUGCAAUGAUGGCUGAUACAAGAUUUGCAUUAUUAAUAGUGGAUUCAGCAACUGCCCUCUAUAGAUCUGAAUAUAUAGGUAGAGGGGAGCUAGCUAAUAGGCAAUCCCAUUUAUGUAGAUUUUUAAGAGGGUUACAAAGAAUUGCAGAUAUUUAUGGAGUUGCCGUAAUAAUUACUAAUCAAGUUGUAGCAAAAGUAGAUGCUAUGAGCAUGUUUGGUGGACAUGAGAAAAUACCAAUAGGUGGUAAUAUAAUAGCUCAUGCUAGUCAAACUCGUUUAUAUUUAAGAAAAGGAAGAGGAGAAAGUAGGAUUUGCAAAAUUUAUGAUUCUCCCGUGUUACCAGAAGGAGAAGCUGUAUUUGCGAUAACUGAAGGAGGGAUUGCAGAUUAUGAAGAAAAAUGA